AUGUACAUUUAUGGAGGAGUGGACAAAGUGGAAGGUCAACAAGUUACUAACUCCUUCGUAGUUUAUGAUUUAGAAUCAGGCGAAUAUCACUGUUUAAACGAUGUUAUUAAGAUUCUUAGAAAGAAAAAGGUUACUAAAACACAUUCAACAACAACACCAUCACUUAUCAAACGUGCAAACAAGCACGAAAAGCUAAUUAGAAAUGAUUAUGAGGUUUUCGAAAAUGCAAAAUUACCGAAACUUUUUCAACACACUAUGGUAGCCCUCUCCAAAUCUGUUUUAUAUAUUUAUGGAGGUCAAUUAGAAAAGGGCACCCCAAGCAAUGCUCUUUAUCAGUUCAAUAUCGAAAGCAUGGAAUGGGUGAAAGUGAAGUGUACGGCUCGCCAUUCUACUGAACCCAAUUUACCAGCCUUAUUUGGACAUACUGCCAACGUCGUUGAUGGAACCAAGAUUUAUGUGUUUGGUGGUACUGAUGGAACCAAAUAUUAUAAUGAUCUUAUUGUUAUCGAUACUGAAACAAAUACUUGGGUCAGAGAAAAGACCAAUGGUUCUAGACCUCAACCAAGAUAUGGCCAUUCUUGCGUCCUUUACAACAACUCACUUUACGUUUUUGGAGGGGGAAACGAUCAAUCAUUGUUUAACGACUUGUACAGUCUUGACCUUGACACCCUUACUUGGAAGAAUAUUAAGAUUGAAGGAACGACUGAUUCUGCCAAACGAGUUCAUCACACUGCCAAUGUCAUUGCCAACAAGAUGAUUGUCUUUGGUGGAUUAGUGAGCUCUCAUUCUCAAUCAAAGGAUCUCAUGGUACUGGACUUGGAACACUUUAGAUGGGAUGUUGAACAUCCACAUGUUGAUAGAAAUUCUUCUUCCCCUCCCUCACUUUGUGGACACACCACCCAAUUAGCUGGAACAAAGUUAUGGAUUGUUGGUGGAAAAUAUAAUAAUGAUCAAGACAACUCAGAGAUGUCCACUAACGUCUAUACUUUGGAAACUGGUAUUCGAGGUAUUGAACCUAUAGACUGUGGAAGAUCCACACUAACGACUGACUUGAGCUCUUUGAUUGACAAUGAAGAGUUCUCUGACACUAUUUUAGAGUAUAACGGACAAUUCUACCAUGCUCACAAACCAAUUAUCUACGCACGGUCUCCCCUAUUAUACAGGGAAUGCAUAAAAGGAGUGGCAAAUGAUAUAGUUAAUGUUGGAGAUGCAGCUGAUGCUCUCAUGAAAAAGAAAAAAGCUAAAACUGACGAAUUCCAGUCUCUGAAGCAAAAAGACGAAAAGGUUAAAAGUGUUGGAUUCCAUGGAUUUUUGGAGUAUCUUUACACUGAUAGAGUUGGCUUUCUGGAUGGAGAAGAAGUUCCAGAUGUCGAUAUUAAGAACUGUAUUUUUGAACUGGUGUUUCUGGCAGUUGCAUUUUCUAUUGACAGAUUGUUUGCUCUAUGUUCAAAACAUCUGGAUUCAACUAUCACUUCUUCCAUUCCGGCUCCAGCUUUGUAUUCUGACAUGAAGAGGCUGUUUGAGUCAACUGAAAAAAGUGUUCUGUUGGAGAAACAAGACACGGAUCUAUCUUCUCCGAUGUAUUCACCAGGCUCGAAAAUUCAUUUCGAUUUUAGUCACUAUUCUACUCCUUCUCACAAUGAACCUGAAUCCGAAGAUGACGACGACUCUUAUUCGAUUAACUCUCCAAUGUCUAUAUCAACUCAAGAUGGCGGUAACAUUUUCAGUACAAUUCUCAGCAAUACUACUUUGCAACAGGCUGAUCAUUCAAUUUGUGAUGUAUUAUUUGAGGUCGGUACAGAGAAGGAAAGAAUUGCUUGUCACCGUUGUAUUUUAAUGUCCCGAUCUAAAUUCUUCAGACGAAUGCUUGCAUCAAAACCGAAGGAUCAACUUACUUAUGGAGUACAAAAGGUUGAUUUAUACGAAUUGAGCGGCAUUAGACCAGAAGUGUUCAAAUUGGUGCUUCAAUAUCUUUAUACUGGAAAUGUAUCGGUCAAUUUUGAUAUUUCCGUGGAGUUGUUAAUUGCUGCUGAAAUUUAUCAAAUAGAAAGAUUGUCUUUGAUUUGCCAAAGCGUCAUCGAGAAAAAGAUUCAUCCAGGAAACGUUUCCACAAUUCUUGGAAUUGCUGAUUCUUAUGACGUUAAACAUUUGAGAGAAACAUGCACAUAUUUUAUAGUGCACAACAUGUCGAAGGUAAGAAAAACUGUGAAUUACAAGAAGGAGCUGUCGUCAGAUCUCAAACAUGAGCUCAAAGAGCUCAGAAAGCAGUUUAGACAACAAGAGGGAUCCAAUUUUUACGAGCAAUCAGAAUAUGCACUUCCAUUCUCCAGCUACUAUCAUUCACAAUUUGCUUCCUCUUCGUUCUCGAACAAGCAAAGAAAAAAAAGCAAUCUCAAGCAAAAACAGGCGUCAUCUAAAAACAAAAUUCCAAGCACUCCAAAUUCGGCUCCUCCAGCAACAAAAUUGCAAUCACCAGGAACAUCAAGAAAAAAGAUUAGGAAGAAAUCAUCUUCUUUGGUGGACAUGGCAGACGAUUUUCAUGAAGAAGUGUCGUAUUUAACAGAAUCUCCUGCUGUGUUGCUUGGUGUCAGUCCUCCAACAACCUAUGUUCCAAUCACCGCUGAAUAUUCAACUACUUUGAUCAUUAGCGAAAGUCCAAUUGGAAUUUCCAAGAGGAGAAAACCAAAGAAGAAGAAUGUUCUCCCGUAUCAUUGA